AACAGUGUUUUUGUUCUUCAGGAUUGAUGACAUUCAAGCACAGCCAGAGUGUGGUGGAGUUGGUGAUGUUGCUGUGUUCCCAAGAGUGGCAAAAUUCUCUCCAGAAACAUGCAGGUCUUGCUUUCAUUGAACUGAUUAAUGAGGGAAGACUUCUUUCACACGCCAUGAAGGACCACAUAGUGCGUGUUGCCAACGAAGCUGAGUUUAUCCUCAACAGAAUGCGAGCAGAUGAUGUGCUCAAGCAUGCUGACUUUGAGUCUUUAUGUGCUACAACGGUACUGGAAAGACGGGAAGAGGAGAAAAUGUGUGAUCAUCUUAUCACAGCUGCAAGGAGAAGAGAUAACGUUGUUGCUGCACGUAUUCUCGACAAGAUAACUAAUAUUCUAUCCAAUAAACAUGGUGCAUGGGGUAGUGCACAUCAUGCCUUGAACAAAAGUGCUCCUCCCCAAUUCUGGAAGUUAGAUUCUUGGGAAGAUGAUUCUCGUAGGAGAAAACGCUUUGUGCCAAACCCUCUUGGGUCUUCCCACCCAGAAGCGACUCUGAAGGCUGCCAUUGAACAUGGAGCACCUGAAGAUGCCAUUUUGCAGGCAAGAGAGGAAUUCCACGCUCAACUUGCAGCACAGAGACGAUCCUUGCAGCAGCCUCUGCAGUCUCCUGACCUCUUGGAUGACUCAGAGCUCACCACUGAUGAUCGUGACCUUGAUGCUGAUGUUACCGGCAUGGUGAACAUGAGCACUCGUGCAAAGUUGGUUGCGCCCGGACUUGUGGUGCCAGGAACCGUCUCUAUCACAGCGGCCGAACUGUACUUCGAAGUCGACGAAGAGGACCCUGAAUUUAGGAAAGCUGAUCCAGAGGAGGCGGAGCGAAGGGCGGGCAGGCCACACCCAUCUGACCAUCCCGCCACGCCCACACCCGCCCCGCCACCCACACGGACCGGGCUGUGUGAGGCGCUGUUCCGCAGAGCGAGCGGUGCCCAGAGUCAGUCAGGGUCGCUGGCGGGGCGGGAGGUGGAGGCUGCAGGGCACAAGGGAUGCCUCCGAGAGCGGGGAUCGGCUGCUUCCCGCUUUGGGGAUUGCUGGUCGGACUGGAUGGGCUGUUUGAUGCAGUGUGUAUGCGUUCAAGAAAUUAAUGCUAUGCAAACUGUUGGGGAAACCGUCGGGCUGCGUUUCUGCGGGCGUGCAGCAUGGGUCCGCGCCGUUGAUGGAUGA